CCUGAAUCCCAGUACUACUCUGUUAGGUAUGCGAAGAAGUUCUAGUUCAACUCGAAGUCCCGUUACAUUUUUGGACCCACCCGUUAGAUUUUGUGAAGGACGUCGAAGUAAUCUGCUUCAUAGAUUCGUUCAGAAGAACAAGUCCAGGGUGGAAUGCAUCCGUAAUAUAAGAAGGUUAAUGUACUCCGCCUGCUGCCAGUUUGCGAAGUGGAUGCAACUGGGAUCACCCUUCGGGCGGUCUUAGCCUACAAAUAAGGGGGAGGAGCGCAUGAAUGAACGAACAAGUAAAGUAAAAGUUUUUGACCCCCCAGCCCCGUCUCGUCCCUCCCAUUAUCUCACAAUACUGCCCUUGCUCUUACUUACGUGAAAACCCCCAUCCUUUACAAAUUAAAAGCAAGAAGAUGAUGUAUCGUAGUGCUUCGCGUCUCGCCGACGGUGCGAAGAAGUAUAAAGUUGGCGUGUUGGGCGCAUCUGGUGCGGUUGGUUCCCGUUUCAUCUCUAGACUCGAAUUAAGGCAGCAGGUUUUACUAGGUGUUUCUUUUUCCGUCAGUUCUGGUUCUGCUUUUCCCCAUAGAGAAAAGCGCAUUAUGGUAACUACGGAGCAGUGUGUUGAGAAUGAGAAAAUAAGCAUAUAUUAUAAUGAUUUAGUGAUGAUAACCAUAACGAAAAGUAAAACUACCGGCGGCAGGUGGGUAAGCUAAGAACUAGCACACCAAGACAAAAGCCUACUUACCUCUAAUCGAGAAUCAUCCUUGGUUUGAGGUCGCGGCCCUUGGAGGUGGGCCGAAUGAAGUCGGCCAUUUGUACCGUGACAUCGCGGAUAAAGUUUAUAAUGCUUGUCUCGAUCCGAUGGGGAUCCCAACAAGAAUAGCAGAAAAGAAAAUCAUCAACCCGGAUCCGGCAGAGUACUACUUCAAUUUCUAGUUCGAGUAGUACUAACUUGAGUAUUAAGUUCAUCAGUGAUAUGAAGAUGCCAUCUGAUGGUAGAAUUAGAAGUUGUUCUCUCAACAAAGGAACAACAGGAGCAGGAUUUAUCGAGGAUAUGUCUUGCUCUUGCCGUCUACUCUUCGGGGAAUACCUACAUGAUCAGAUGGAAGGCAGCUGGAGUUGGUUUGGUUUUUUCGGCGGUUCCAGAUGAUGUAGCUCGAGUAGCAGAACCUGGCUUCGCGAAUGCCGGAAUUCCAGUGUUUUCAAACGUAAGGCUUCCCCUAAUCCAUCUCUAGUAUAGGGAUCCCUCGAGACCAGUACGCGCCCCAAUAAGGAAGAUCGGAUCGUCCCUAAUAGUAAGACAAGGGGAAAACAUGGGGAUCCCUACUUGUCUGAGUGUAUGCGCCCUAAUACAAGGGGAAGAACAUUCUUGAGGCAUACUGUUUAGAGGUCUACUCCACUAGGAUGAAUUAGGGGGAGGUCUAACAAACGCCGUGCAGUUUCGCAUGACGCCGAAUGUGCCACUGUUGCAGCCCUACGUCAACUCAGAGCACAUGGGACUGGCAAAGACGCAACCGUACUGUUGCUGAUUAUGGUGAUGCUUCUUAUGCUGAUGCGAUUUUUAAGGAAAAAUAGGAAGUUGCUGUUGGUGUUGGAAUUCCAGGAUGUAUACUCAUGGUUAUAAAUAUUGUGUUGUCCCUCCUCCAUUACUGAUACUCUAGCAGGUCCUUCGCCGAGUCAGGCGGUUUCAUUGCGACGAACCCGAAUUGUAGUACCAUCACGAUGACUUGUGCUAUCAAACCCCUUGUGGACGCGUUUGGAGUCGACGUUAUUUAAGGGUAGCUUACAAUACAAUUAAUUAUAAGUAGAACAAUUUAUAGAUUUGAAUACGGGUGCCUGUAUGCUCCUGCUAUUUGGUAACCUGAAUUUGAUCAUAAGGGAAAACAAGAAGAGAACCCUUGUGAUCAAAUUCAGGCUACUAAAUACCGGAACCAUUCAGUGCCCGGCUCAGGAUGGGAUGGAACGGAUGGACGUCCCGGGUCCGCUAAGCAUUUCAAGUAGGAGCGGAAGACUUAGGUAGGUCCAUCCGAUCCAUCCAAGAGCAUCCUACGCCCGUUCUAUAAGUUACUCUAUUAAAGGCGUUCCUGUUGCCGUUCGUGUUGAUCUCUCCCAAGAGAGAAGGACAGAACCAACGGUGUAAACGAACACCAAAAGCCUACCUCUAAGCUAUUAACUGCACUACUCUCCAAGCCACUAGUGGCAGUGGUUUUCCCGGUCUCAGUGUAGCUGAGAUGUACGACAACUGCAUUCCCUAUAUUGGUGACGAGGAGGACAAGCUCGAAACAGAAACGCAAAAGAUUCUCGGUAUUGAAGUUAGAGUGCUGGUUGUGCUCCUAAAGCAGGUUAAAAAAAAAGUUGUAGAUUGAAGCAUCAAAUCAAUCAUCAUCGUCAUCUUCUCGUCAUCUUCAAACUCAUUGCUUUCUUCGGACAAUAAUAGAAAGUUUAUAUCCUAAUCUUCUACUAGGUGAAGAAGCUUAAUACCUUUAAUAAAUCGAUCAUAUUGUUGUUCUACUAGUUCUAGGUGGUCUAACUAAAAAUUAUUGUACUUUAAAAGUACAAGAGCUUUCUCCUCCGAACCUCCAUCACAUACAACUAGGUGCUUUCGACGGUCAGGGAAUCCAGCAUGUAGAAAUGAACGUUUCAGCGACGUGCAAUCGAGUUCCUGUUUCGAAUGGGCAUAUGGUUUGUAUCUCCCUUAAACUGAAGAACAAACCAGGAUCUAUGGAGGAUAUUAAGGAGGUAUUUCUAGUUCUACUUGUUGAUUUUUGAUUAUGUAGGAGAAGAUCCAAAUGGAGGAGAAGCUUGUUUUUAUGAGGAAAUGAUGUUGAGCCAAUGAAUACAACUUUCUCUUUCACGUUGUCAAUGUCAUUUACUAAUUGCUAAAUAUUACAGUAGAGCUAGAUGAGAACAAGAAGAUAAAAAGCAUUACAGGAACUAUAAUUCUCUACUUCCCAAAAAUAAACUUUCUUAUUCACAAUCACUUAUUCUGAUGUUUCUUAUCAACAACAAGCAGUGAGAGUGACCAACAGGCGUUCCGUAACUUCCGUCCGAAAGCGGAUGUCGCUGCGUGCCCGUCCUGUCCUGAGAAGCCGAUCCGAUUCUUCGAGGAUGACAGACCGGACCGACCCCAGCACCGGCUGGACCGGGACUACGAAACCGGAAUGGGUGUUUGCGUUGGCCGCGUCAGGGAGUGCCCUGUUCUCGAUGUCAAGUUCACGUUAAGGCUCCAAGUAAUUCAUUUUCAAGCUCUUUUGAUAGGUGUACACUCUGUAGUGCAGAUUCAAGCACGGAGUUCUCCGCUUCAAAGCUCAUUUUCAAGGGAUGCCAUUUUCCUCCGUUAGUUUCGUUCUUCUUAGAGGUCUUAAGCAGUGGACUCCUGGAGGAAUGAAUCGGUUUGCGAAGCUCUAAUCACGGUUCUCGCUCACAACACCGUCAUUGGCGCAGCCGGUGGGAGUAUCUUGAACGCCGAACUAGCAUGCAAUCAAGGACUCAUCAAAUGAGAAUCCACCAUAGAGCAGCUAGUUUAUAAAAGAGAUAAGUCGGAUAGGCAAUUGCUGAUUGCAAUCAACGAACUUGCUCGUGGUUGGGGUAGAAUCGAGAUUGAAGAAGCAGAGUCGAAAUCAUGAAUUUCCCUCCUUCUGCUCUGUACUUGGAGUCGUAGUCCUAGCUCACCCGUUGGCUGUUACAACAGCAACCAUGAGUUGUAAGUACCCAAUUGAUAAUUAUUUAAGUCAGAGACAUAAAACACAUGGCCAUUAGAAUAACAUCCUUGUAUGUUAAAAUAAGAUUAAUUUUUUGAUAAUCUCUGUCUCCUAGUUAGAAGGUUGGCUCUACCACUAAUAUUAUAUAUUAUAAGAGACAUAACAUGAAGGAGCCGAAGCUCCGACCCCUCCAGGACAUACCUAUGGCGUGCAAGAAGUUCGAGGUCCCCUUUGACCGUUCUCAAAGAAGAUAAUGAUACUCACUUGCCUAGCGCUAGGUUUCCUUUCAAUCUUCAUCCAGAGGUAGAGGUCGGGGAAGAAUCAUCGUUGCUCGUUCCUGUUGAUUGUUUUGAAUCCUACCAGGCUAGCUACGCGACGGCGACGGGUAGCACGACCUCAACCUCCUAAUUAUGUGCUUGUCAAAGUACUAGUUCGUACUGUUUGCCGUUGCACGUUAUUCGUUCGUCUGGUUUCCGAUACCAGGCACAACAACAACAGCAAGACUUCACUGGUAAGCCAAGGUAAGCGUCAAUGCUGCAGAUCAAUUAUGAUGAUGAAUUGGUAAUUGGAAUUGAAAAUUUGAUUAUAUAUUUAUAGGUAAUUAAAUGACCACACCUCCAGGCGCGCCAGCGCCCUGGCCCAGACUCGAACUAUCUUGAUUACUUCUGAUGCGGGGGUAAUAAAGGCAUGAGAACUCAAUGCAAAAUAACUACUUAAUAUAUAGAUCUUUCAUCUUCAACACUGGAGAAGUGGUAGCUGUGCCUUAUGAUGUCUUCUUGAUGGCCCAUUUUUGUAGGGGAAACACUGCGCCGCACAGCUUCAAGAAAGCACUUUCCAACUAAAGUUAUUUUGCUAACAUUUUUUGAUUUCAAAUGAAUGAGUAGGAGUAGGAGUACAUAAGUACCUCCGCGACCGUAUCGGGGAAGAGGUGGUGGAUUGCCGCAAGGUCAAGACCCACGGAAGUGCAUUUGAUUUUUUCGGAAUGUAAUGAUCAAGAUCAUGGUGAUUAUGAAAAAGAAAUGGAAAAGACCUCGUCCCAAACUACAACUGCCCCCAACAUCCUCAUCCAUGUUAGAGCAACGCAAUAGAAUUCUGUGACCAGCAGUGCUGGAGCCAUGGCCCCUCUUUCAGUAGCCCGAACUACAAAAAAAAACCUGCAAGCCAACGACAAGGCUUCCAUCGUGCUGCAAUCGGGAGACAAUCUUCAAUGGGAUUUUCCUGCGAAUAAAAGCGAU